AUGGUUCUUCCUAAAUCAGAUGCAUUAACUGUUAUUGUGAUCAACAAAACUAAGGCAAUUGGCAGAGAAAACCUUUAUGAUGAUAUUGCAUACAUAAAUGAACAGAAUAAUGCACAUGUAACUGAAAAUGAUGAUGACACAAAUUCACCUGAAACCGAUGAUAAUGUAAAACUUGACGUUGAAGAGGAAGAUGAUGAACUUGCCGACAAUGAUGCUGAAGCACUUGAAACCGAUGGUCCUGAAGAACUUGCAAACGAUAAUCCUGAAGAAUCUGGAGUUGAUAAAAAUACGAAACAAUUAGCGAACGACUAUCCAACGGCUGACAAUAUGCUGGAGACCCGUGGAGCUGCGUUUGACGCCAUUGCACAAGCUGGAGGCUACAUGAACGAUAUUCCCAGCGGGCUGAACAUCGGCGGUUACAGCAUGAUGAGAUUAGAAAACAGCUUGCUGUUUUUCUACCGGGUGAAGCUCAGAAACGACACAUACUUCCGCGUCGACUUCCUGAAGAACGAUGUUUUCAACAUGGUGCUGAUGGCGAGGAUCAACCUUAACGACCUGCACCUCAUAGGGGCGUAUGAACGGUCCAUAGUAGACCGAGACCCCACCAAGCUGUUCUACCAGCCUACUUAUGGCGAAGCAGAGUUGUUGCUAAAGAAUGUCAACUACAAAUUGGAAGGUCGGUACCGCCUGGUGCAGGGGCAGCUGUGGGUGGAACAUGUGGUCUCCGAGUUACGCCUCCAAGAUAUGUUGAUGAAAUAUGCAGGUAAUCUGACAGACUGCGACAACCCGCCUGAAAAACUGCCUAACGCAGCUAGAGAUGAAUUCGUGCAUAGACUCAAAAUUUGCUUGGAUGUGUGGAUGAAAGAUUACUUCAAUGACUGCCUGAGGGAACACAGUGUAGAAAAAUUUAUUCCUGACGAUAUUCCUAAAUAUGAGAAGGAAAAAACACUCGCCUUAAACGACUUUGUUGACAAUGUAGUGUCACUGUUGAAGAAACGAUUACAUGAAAUUUCUCCACCAUGCGCAAACGUGAAAGUCGCUGAUUUCACCAUCUUUGCCGUCAAUGGAAUCCAAAUAAAGUUGUUCGACGGUGUCCUCCGCGGCUUGGACAGCAUGUAUCGGCAGUCAAUCGCUACCACUAGCAAAACUGGAAACACCUUACGGGUAAUAGACGCAGUCAUCGCCUUCAGCAACUUAAAGUUGGAAUACAAAUAUAAGGCCCUAUUACCAAAUCACACCGAGGAACCUCCAGUGGUCGGUCUCUUCGUCCUGUCUGCUGAUGAACUGGUGACGGGUUUGAAAAUAUCCACAGUUCGAACUGCGAAAACUAUCGACGUUCUGUUUAGUUACUUAAAUCAAACGAGGGGUCUAGAUCUAAUUGUAGAGGGCUUGUUAAACCGCAAGAUAGCCAACUUCAAACAUCUUCUCGAGAACCAACUCAUCACGCUGAUGCUCAACGAGAUGAUCAGUGAAAUCAGAUCUCUUGAAAGCAUAACCAGUUGUACACCUUCGUGUGUAGGUCAUUUAGACCCAGGACAAACAGACAAUCCCCAUUCAAAUAAAUACGUCGAUGGAUCUAUGGACUAUAGAAUAAUCAGGGAGGACAGCAUAGAGUUCGAAGUACCUGUGGGUCAUAAUCAAAAAGUCAAGAAAAUGCACCUCAAAUACAGAGAGCAGCUAAAUCUCACUGAAAAAGAAAGAGCAAGGGCGAAUGAGGAAAAAAAAUAUAAAAAAUAAAAACAAAAAAUUGAAACCGAAGAAAAAAAAAGGAAGGUACUAAAAGCCGACGGAUCAUUGCAUUGA